AUGGAGGCGGCGGGCACCUGGGUGCUGCUGCUGCUGCUGGCGCUGCUGCUGCUGGCGCUGGCGCUGCCUGGGACCCGGACGCGAGGCCACCUGCCCCCUGGGCCCACGCCGCUGCCGCUGCUGGGGAACCUCCUGCAGCUCCGGCCUGGGGCGCUGUACCUGGGGCUCUUACGGCUGAGUAAGAAGUAUGGACCAGUGUUCACCGUGUACCUGGGACCCUGGCGGCGCGUGGUGGUCCUGGUUGGGCGUGAGGCUGUGCAGGAGGCCCUGGGAGGUCAGGCCGAGGCUUUCAGCGGACGGGGUUUGGUGGCAACACUGAACGGGACCUUUGAUGGCCAUGGGGUUUUCUCCUCUAAUGGGGAGCGAUGGAGGCAGCUGAGGAAGUUCACCACGCUGGCCCUGCGGGACCUGGGCAUGGGGAAAGGAGAAGGUGAGGAGCUGAUCCAGGCGGAGGCCCAGUGUCUGGUGGAGGCGCUCCGGAGGACCAAAGGAAGGCCUUUUGACCCCUCACUGCUGCUGGCCCAGGCCACCUCCAACGUCAUCUGCUCCCUCGUCUUCCGCCUCCGCUUCCCCUAUGACGACAAGGAGUUCCAGGCCAUGGUCCGGGCGGCUAGUGGCAUCGUCGUGGGGGUCAGCUCCCCGUGGGCCCAGACCUACGAGAUGUUCUCCCGGCUCCUGCAGCGCCUCCCGGGCCCCUACACGCAGCUCCUUGGCCAAGUGUGCACUCUGGCUGCCUUCGCCGUCCAGCAGAUACAGCGGCAUCAGAGGAGCCUGGAUGACUCAGGCCCCGCACGUGAUGUUGUGGAUGCCUUCUUGCUGAAGAUGGCAAAGGAGAAGCAAGACCCAAACACAGAAUUCACUGACAAGAACUUGCUGAUGACGGUCACUUAUCUGUUGUUCGCCGGGACGGUGACAGUCAGCACCACGAUUCGCUACACUCUCCUGCUCCUGCUGAAAUAUCCUCAGGUCCAAGAGCGUGUGCAGGCGGAGCUGACACGGGAGCUGGGGCCCGGCCAGGCGCCAAGCCUGAAGGACCGAGCCUGCCUCCCCUACACGGACGCGGUUCUGCAUGAGGCGCAGCGGCUGCUGGCGCUUGUACCCAUGGGACUGCCCCGAGCCCUCGUCAAGACCACCCACUUCCGGGGGUACACCCUGCCCCAGGGCACAGAGGUCUUCCCCCUCCUUGGCUCCAUCCUGCAUGACCCCGAGGUCUUCACACAGCCGGAGGAGUUCAACCCAGGACGAUUCCUGGAUGCAGACGGAAAGUUCAAAAAGCACAAGGCCUUCCUGCCCUUCUCCUUAGGUAAGCGUGUCUGCCUCGGGGAGGGCCUGGCUCGGACCGAGCUCUUCCUCCUGUUCACCACCAUCCUGCAGGCCUUCUCGCUGGGGAACCCAUGCCCACCGGGUGCCCUGAGCCUCCAGCCAGCCGUCAGUGGCUUUUUCAACAUCCCUCAAGCUUUCCAGCUGCAAUUCCGGCCCCGCUGACCUCCACCCCACCAUGUGGACCAGAUGAAGAAGGGAAACUUGGGAGGUAGUAGCCUU